GUCAUUUGUCUUUGGCUGUUUUGGUGCCCGCGGAUGUGCACCUGCGGUGGGCGAAGUUUCUGCCUAUGCUUUCGCAACAGCAAAAUGGGUGUUUCGAUCGGCGUGGGGCCGAUCUUCAAAACCAAUGACCCACGAACCAAGUUACAUACAUAGGUGUUGAAAGGGCAAAAAAACAGAUAGGUCGAAAGGGCCAGCUGAACAAUUAAAGAAUAAGAAAAGAAACUACUGCAAUAUAUAAAGAUUCCAAAAAUAAAUAUGUUUGUAGAACUUGCAUUCAACUUCGAUCUGAUUUUCAUCUCAAGGGGACGUGGGUGUGUCCCAGGGACUCAUCUGGAGGACCAUGGGGUGCAGCUCUUCAGGCAUCCCUCAGGAGAAGCCCAAGCCUGCCGGUCCACGUGACCAUACUCAUGGUAUUGGAACUUGUGAACAGAUAGCCAUAGCUGAAAAGCUAUCUGAGCUGAACAAGUGCAUGAUCCAGAUUGGUGAUCGAUCUGAAGCGGAAUGUGAUGCACCGCAGCAGCAACAGGACUUCGAUUCCUGGAAACACCAGAUUGACGCAUCGGACGUGGAAGCGCUCACAGAAGGGCAGACACUGCCCAUGAGCCAGUGGGCAGAUGUGCAGAAGGCCAAGAAGAUGAAUAAAUCCUUGAGCACCUUGGAGACUUUGAGUCUAGAGACGUGCCGCGAAAUGAGUCACCUUGAGACCUUAGAGACGUGCCGCUUUAGAAACUUUAGAACGUGCCGCUGAGCUGUGGAGCUGUGGAGUUUUGAUCGUAUGUUCACUCAGUCGAGCUGGUCGAAGAUCCUUCAGCCUUAAAGAAGGCAGUGAAGAAAAGACGGAUGGCUUUGGAGGCGUUGAAAGACCUAAGUUCAACUUUGUGCAGAUCGUGCUUUCGAAGUUGCAUGUGACGCUAGGAAGUUGCGACGUAUCGCAAUCAACUCCCAGAAAAGGAAAGGAGGGACAGCCGGUCAAAAUCGAGUUGCAAAGAUGCUCCAACUGAGGAGCCAAAAGACCGACGCGAAAGGCUUUGAGGAGGUGCAUGGAAUCCGCUGUAGUGCAAUGCUUCGCCUUUGUAUAGAGCGAAGUGAGUGAAUAGGAAGGGUGGAAUUCUCAUUUAGCAGAGUGUACAACUG